UUUGCUGCAGACAGCCUGAACAGAAGCGAUGAAGCAUCACAGAAUUCAAAAGUAGCAGCUUCCUUUGUUUAACAGAUAUUACAGUAUUAUAACAGAUGUAGAUUAAUAUAUUUAUUAUUUGGACCUUUAAUAUAGCCAGACCACACUGAACAUUUUGUUGUUGAUUAUAGAUACUAGAACUGUCACAGAGACUUUUUCUUCCAUUAGUGCAUCUAUUUUAGUGAUAGCUAUCAGGAUGUUUAACUGAAGAGUUUAAAAAAAAAAAAAAAAAAAUCGCUUAGAGCAGCUUUAACAGCAGAUACUCUUCUCCUCCCCGCUAACGUCACCCGCGCAGCCGUGGCGUCCCUCUGGAGCCAACAACAUGGAGUCUGAUCGACUGCACCGCUGAAGCUCAGCGCCGGAGCUUUCCCUGAUCUUGCAAAACCAAACGCGGCGUCUUCAUGCAGUAAAGCGGCCGCGUGUACACACUUCAACCGCGACACGACAUGGAGAGCGCGGCGUGCGGCUCUCCGUAGAGCAGCGGGGCGGGCAGGCCGUUACGAAGAGGACACCAUGUAGGUGAGUUGAGCAGAUUACACGGUGCAACACCGGAUCAUGGAACCUGACGUAGGUCCUCUUCCCAGUAUGGACCCCCAUGAUCCAACAUCCAUCCGGGAGCACUCGGAAUCCCCCUCUCUACUCAGCAACAGCUUGAUGGCAGGAUUGUCCCAAGGUGGUGAUCUGGAGAGGGAUGAUGAAGAUGUAAACCUCCUCCACAAAAGUGCAUUUUAUGGAAACAGCGAGAGAAAACACAGAUCCUCAGCCUUCUCCUCAUCUCUAACAUGGGACUCAGACUCUGAGAAAGAAACAUUUGAUGAAGAGGAACUUCAGCACUUUUCUAAUCCUCAUGGCCUUGCUGCUCACAGUCCAGGAAGUCCCACCUGUGAACAAGAGCAAGACAAACCUGGAGUUUACCGAACACCUGAAAAGCCCAAGAAAAUAGUGUUAGACAAAAACUUGUCUAGUUCUUUGGAGGCACAAGGUCAAGACAGAGACGCAUGCAGAGAUCCAGGGAUGGUACAGUCCAACACUCAACAAUGUGUAGAAAAUGAUAAAGUUGGACGUGUAUCCGAUCAAGUUGGGCCACAUUUCUCAGACACAAAACCGAAAGAGGGAUACCAACAAGAGGAAGAGGAGGAGAAAGAGUUUGAUCAGAAGAAGAAGGAGAUAAAGAGGCUUCCCGAACGAGAUGUAUAUACCUUCCCAGGUGAUUCAGAUCCAGAAAGUCCACCACCAGGUCCCUGGGCACACUGCACCUUCAUCCAGCGUAGGAGAAAGAAGAGAGCCUUACUGAGACCUUUUUCUGGACUAAAUCCCUGGCAGUGCACACCUAGUGCAGGCAGGAAGACCAGAGUAAACCCCUCCAGGACAAAAGAGUGCAGUAAGUUUGUGAACGAUAAGGAAGGUGUGUUUGAGUUUAAGGAGGAAGAGGAAGAGAAGGUUCAAGACAAGAAGCAGCCACAAGAAGGAGGAGUCAGAGGAGAACUUUGCCAAGAGAUUUUCACCUGUGUCGAAUGUAGCAUAUACUUUAAAAAAGCAGCACAUCUGAGGGAACACAUGCGAGAACAUGGCCAAGACAGUGGGAGAAAGGGACAGCGUGGAGAAGAUAAUACAAGGAGGAGGCGAGCCAAGAAGAGUGGCUUUGAGUGUAUGGAAUGUGGACAGAAUUUCACUGAUAGGCUGGUGCUGUUGGACCAUCACAGACGCCAUCAGGAGUCACGGCACAAGAUCUUGGCAGAGAUGGGAAAGCUGAAGGAGGGAGGGACGAGAGCAAGUCGCAGAAAUUCCAGGAAGCCAGCCACUAAAGAGUCCUUGGCCAUUUGUGGCCAGUUUGUUUGUCUCAAGUGCAACUAUAGCUCUGAUGUACCUCAAGAGCUUGCAGAUCACGCCAAGACACAUACAACUCGGACCAGGGCUGGUGGGCCCCGUGUCUCACCCCGCUUCCAGCAAAAAUCCUGCAGAAGAGGAUGGACACGGCUUUCUGGUAAUGCCGCAUCGACCACAGUGGUUAGCGAUAGGUACCCCACCAGAGCUUCUGUGCAAAUGGCAGGAAAUAAGCCUGAAGCUGACCAUUUGCAGGCCAAAGACUGUGAUCCACAGAGUGAGAAUAAGACUGAUCUCUGUCCAGGACCUAGCCAGAAUCACACAGUAUCUUCAAAUCCAGCAGAACCCACAGACAAGCCAGAACUAGAAAGUGCUCAGAGUGAAGCUGCUCCCCUUGCAAGUCCAAGCCUACAGGAGGAGUCUGGGUCUGCUGAGGUUGGGCUUGGAGAAGAGAAUGUCUCAAAGCUCCAAUCUCCUGAGCCUUUACUUACAAACACAAAGGCUGAAACACAGCAAAAGGAUGUUGUAUUCAAGGGCACAGGAAAUCGACGCUCAAAACGAGUUGUGAGGCGUGUAAUAGGACGAACACGAGCAAGUAGCAGACUGGAUCCCCAGUCUACUGAUACUAGUGAUACAAAAAUCCAUAUGCAAAACACUGAGGAGACCACAGAGCUGAGCCAAAAAGCAUCUGUCCCACCAGAUCCAGAGGAUGAUCUAAUGCUGACCAACAAAACAGGAGUGGAAACAUCUGCUCUAGCUUUAGAUGUCCAAACCAUUCCUCCACCAAAGGCCUCCGAGGACUCCAAAGAAGAGACGAAUGAAGAGACCCCACCUGACAGUGAAAAGGAUGAAUGUAGCAAAAACACCACUGAUAAUAAUUCAAAAUUUGACAAUAAUGAUCUUGAUGAUGACGAUGAUGAUGAUGAUGGGGGUGAUGAUCAGAAGGAUAAUGCCAGUGACAAAGAAGAGGACGAGGAUGAUGUCAACCAUCUUCUUGAUGUCUUAACUGAAGAGGAGGAUGAGGAAGAUGAAGAGGGCAUUUUGUUGAAGACUGUAGAAAAGAAAUGUCCCUACUGCCAAGACUGUUUUGAUAAUGGAAUUGGACUGGCCAAUCAUAUAAGGGGUCACCUGAACAGAGUUGGAGUCAGUUACAAGGUUAGACACUUCAUAUCCCCAGAAGAGGUUAAUGCCAUUGAGAAGAAGUUCUCCUACCAAAAAAAGAAGAAAAAAGUUGCUAACUUUGACCCAGCAACCUUCAGUGUGAUGCGCUGUGAGUUCUGCAGCGCUGGCUUUGACACCAGGGCCGGACUUUCCAGUCAUGCUCGUGCACACCUACGAGACUUUGGCAUCACCAACUGGGAGGUCACUGCUUCGCCCAUUAACGUCCUCCGUGAGCUCUUCUCUAAGCGGCCUGACCUCGCUUUAUCCAUUACCCCUGCUUUUAACUCUGAGUUGCAAGACAAGAAACCAUGUAAAGAAGAAGAAGAGUCCAUGUUAGUAAAUGAUGAAGAAAGUGGAACUUCAGAACCAGUGCUGCAGAUACCUGCGUCUCCAACUCAGCCUUGGAGAGAGAGCCAGAAUGAUGGUGAAGCUGAUGGUGGGAACAACAAGAGGGAGGGAGAUGAAAAAAUGCAACUGCAGGAUGACUCCAGCCCGCGAUCAAACAGCUCAGCUGCCGCAGAAGAGACCGAGCCGAAAGGCUCCAGUUUGCUGAAGUGUGAGGUCUGCUGUGCCCUGUUUGAGACACGGCGAGGUCUAUCCAGCCACGCUCGCUCUCAUCUGCGCCAGCUAGGUGUGGGCGUGUCUGAAAGCAGUGGUGCACCCAUAGAUCUCCUCUACCAGUUAACCAAGGAGCGGGCCACUGACUCCCACUUACCUGCCUCACCCCCAUCACACUCACCAACACCAUCACCCAAAAACACUCACCAUCAUGCUUUCUGCGUUCCUAUGCCAAGCCCCAGCAAGAGCACAGAGUUUGAAGAUGAACCACAAGACAUUAAGCCCCUCUCACUUCUGCAUAGUGUAGCAAAAUCUCCCCCUUCUCCAAGCAGCCCCUCACCAUCUGGCUUGCAGCCAUCCUCUCCAUUUGGGAGGUCUCCAUCCCCCUCUCAUUCUCUGUCUGCUUCCCCAUCCCCAGUGCUGAGGAAGGCCCCAAUCUCCUCAUUGCUGCCUGUGUCUUCCCUACUGCGCUCCCAUGAGCAUAGGACUAUGUCAAGGUCCCACAAUUCAGCCUUGUCCACUGCCUCAUCCAGACCACUCUGGCCACCACAAGAAACAGAGGCUCCCCUCAAUCUCACAAUGGAUAUGGAUUCUAACACAGACAUCAUAUGCAAGCUAUGCGGUGCCUGGUUUGAAACCCGCAAAGGCCUCUCGAGUCACGCACGAGCCCAUCUGCGUCACUUUGGUGUGGAAUACUCGGAGUCCAAGGGGUCUCCCAUCGACCUGCUCAACACACUCAUCCUCACUGAUGACUUCAAGCGCAGAGCUACCUCCUUCCGCUCUGACAGCCCGGAGGACCUGAGGGUCCAUGGACACAGUGUGGCUCCUCCCUCUCCCUCCACAUCCACACCUACUUCUGCUUCCAAGAGGCCAUUUCUCUCCAACUCUGUCCUAUUAAAGAACACAACAUUAAAAAGUGCUGUUGGCUCAAAAGCUACCUCCUCAUCUUCUUCUUCUUCCACCCACACCUUGCUUAGUCCACCCACCAAGAAGCUGAAACCUUCUUCACAGCAGGUCUUCCGUUUGAGUGGCAGGGAGCUCAUGUCCAUUCCUCUAGCUGAACCAAUGAAAGAUGUGUGUUGUGAGUUUUGCGGUGAGCUUUUUGAGAACCGCAAAGGCCUCUCCAGUCAUGCCCGUUCCCACUUGCGUCAACUGGGCAUCACUGAAUGGUCCGUGAAUGGCUCGCCCAUCGACACACUACGAGACCUCAUAACUCGCCGAGGUUUGCCAUGCGUCAUGCCCCUGAAACCCUUGAAAUCAUCCUCAUCCUCUCCAAGCCCAGGACCCCCUCGGACCUUACACCAGCAUUCUUCCCCACCAGGAGGUGUCCUUGGCCGUCAGGCUUUCUCUUUCAGUCAGCACCAGCCUGCCAAGAUAGCAGUAUCAGCACCUGUCACCAGCACCUCCCCAACAGUUCUAAUGGUUAAGCCCAAACCUGAACCUGAGCAGGUGGAAGUUACAGUGACUGGAGGGGGGCGUGAAGGUUAUAGCUCUGAAUCACUGCAUCCGAGCUGGAUGAGCUCAGAUAAUGCACGUCCCAUCAACCUGUUAAUGACCCAAGAGAGGGAACCGUCCCGUGAUAUCCGUUGCGAGUUCUGUGGCGAGUUUUUUGAGAACCGCAAAGGCCUCUCCAGCCAUGCGCGCUCACACUUACGCCACAUGGGUAUCACUGAAUGGUCCGUCAAUGGCUCACCCAUCGACACACUGUGGGAGAUUAUGCGGACUCAGGGCACCACACCAGCAUCUGUUGUGCUAGGUGUAAAAGAGGAACCAGGGCAGGAAGACAUCUCACCCUGGGACAGUCAAGGGUAUCAGUCAUCCAGAGUCUCCCCAAAGGCACCCGUUAACCUACUCCACUCCAGCUCACGCCUCCAUAAGCAUGGAUUUGGGCCCACAGGCCUGUCAUCUACUCCUCCAGCAGGGAAGUUUCUUGGUAUGAAACCCACUGGGAAGAGGGUGCUGGGAACCGAAGGACACCUUGGCCAAAGGUCACUACCAACCCAGUCGAAAACCUUCUCAGCUCCACCACAGGACUUCUCUUUUAAAGGAAGAAUGUCCACAGACAAGUAUGGGGUAGGCCGCAUGGAUGCUAGCUGUGAGUUGUGCGGUUUUGCCUUUGAGAAUCGGAAGGCUUUGGCCAGCCAUGCUCGGGCUCAUUUGCGACAGUUUGGUGUGACAGAGUGGUCUGUGAACGGGUCACCCAUUGAGACACUGAGUGCCUGGAUGCGCAGCCGGCCACAAACAGUGGCUGAGCUGCACCGUAGCUACCUGUCAGAUGGGCAUGUUGCCCAAAAGAAGAAGCAGUCAGCAGCCCAGUGGGCGUCUCUAACACUGUCCCAGGGGAGGACUGUUGAACGGCAGAUCAUGAGCAGUUCGUGGAGUUCAUUAUCACGGGCAGUAGAGGUAAAAAAUCGAAAUGGCACCGCUUUUCACCAUGGCAUCAGUACCCAGGAUAGGGAACAACACUCUAGCAGUGCACUUCCACAUGCGCAAGUGGCUCGGAGUGAACUUAAUGUCCGGGUGACACGAGGCAUUGAGCGGCGACCCCUAAAACAUCCAUCUCAUGCUGAUGGAGGGGAGAGAGAAAGCUGUCCUCCCAAACCACCUCGCACUAGUACUGUUCCUGCCCUUGUGCCAAAGCCCCCUUCCACUCCUCUGGUCAAACUUGUGGGUAAAAUCUACUCUCUCAAGUGUCGGUUUUGCGAUGUGGAGUUUCAUGGCCCUCUGUCAGUGCAGGAGGACUGGAUCAGGCACCUGCAGCAGCACAUUCUGAAACUUGACUACAACAAGCCAGCUCCCACCGCAACUAACACUCCAGCCAAAUCUGACAUGGCUGUUCCUGAAGCGCAAGCUUCAGCUACUACCUCCACUUCUAUUACUACUACAGCUACUACAGCUCCUAAUCCCACCUCAGCCACGAGUCUUAACCCUACAUCUGUGUCUACACCAUGCCUACCAGUCUCUACUCCUACUCCUACACCCACUUCAACCCCGACCUUGACAGCUGCCACACUGGCCAGCCCUGGAAUUCCAGCCAAGGCUGAGCAGGAAGUUGAUACUCCUGCCACAUAAUGCUAUUGUCUUAUGUAUUUCUCUUCAUUUUCCUUCAUUCUGUUUGUACUUCCUUUUGUUAUAAAAAAAACAAGGGUUUGGCAGAGCAUUGCUUACUACCCAUUCAUUUUGUCCCAGGAAGUCACACAGCAGACAAAGGAGAGUUGAGCUUCAGAUAGGACUGUUGUUAUUCCAGUUUGGGCUUUGCUGGCCAACAAAAGAUGUUUAAAUCCUUACACUUUUGAUGAUAUUUGUUUGUAUAAUGAGGUAUUAACAGGUCAGUGGUGCUUAUGGAGGUAUCUGAAUAUGUAGUGUAACUAACUUGCUGACUAUGUCCUUCUUUUAGCUUAGUUGGAUUUUAAGAGCAUAUGGAACUUUUUUUAUUUGUACUAGACAUGGAACAUCUACCUAGUAGUUGCUAAUGAAGGCACAAACAAAAUAUAAGCAAAUUUUUGUGUCCAUCCAAAAUUGUUGUAGCACUUUCUUUUAAUGCCUUUUUUCCAAAGCACGUAUACACUAAGCCUUUAACCCUCUCAAUAUAAGCUUGUCAUGGCAGACACCUGUUUGAUGGUUAACACAGUUGUGCCAUAAUGAAGUAUGAGCUGUUAGUGCUGAUAUGCCCUUGCUCAAUUUUUUACAAUGCACCUUACAUGAUCUCAUUUGUAAUGAGACCUAAAGUAGGUCACUUUUUUCCUCAUAAUUCUACUAGUUUCCACAGUAAAUACGACUGAUUUUUUUCCUGUUUUUUAGUAAAUUGCAAAAAGAAUCAUUUUUCUUUUUGUUCAUAAAGGUUUAAAUAAGCUAAUAAAUACUGUACAUUCAUUUGUGUUUAAUGUAAUCCUGAAUAUAAAAAAGAAAUACAAAUUAGCAUCCUACCAUGUCUUUUUAAAUGUUCUGACUACUAUUUGUUGUCUGGGUUCUUAAAGGCCAGAACAUUACUGUUGGUACUGCAAGAAGAUGUCAAGGUACCUGCACAAGCAAGACCUUAAUGAUUAGAAAAUUUCAGUGUGCUUAAAUAUUAAGUGAAGCCUAGUUUGCUAUUUGCACAUUAGCUUACUGCACCCACUCUUGAUCUGUCUCUCCCAUUUGCUUAGAACACUUUUUUUUUUUUUUUUAAAGAAACUGCCCUGGAUUCACAGACUGGAAAGUUGGCCUAAAUUUGGGUUAAUUAAUGUACUUGUUGCCUGCCUUGACUAAAACCCAAAUCCCUGUGCUAAUAUAUUGCACCUUUGAAUGUGCCCUGUUGUGAUAUAGAAGACAAGAAUUUGAAUGUUUGGCAUAUGAGCAAUGAAUUGAUGCACUUUUACUCGAGGCUGGAUAGGGAAUUUUAUGUAAUUGUGCGUGUACGUGCAUGCACUUAAAAGUUCACGCGUAUGUCUUUGCCAUAUAGCCGUAAAUCUAGUUUUAAAAUUGUUUUCUAUAGCACAUUUGUGUCCUUGCCAAGAACUUCAUUACACUGCGUCCAUCAGUCUGUGGCGGAAUGUGCCAAAGAAUCAGUGUGACAAGGGACAGUCUCCUAGACUACAGCCGUCAUGUGCAAGUUCCUGACUGAAUGGAGGGAACAGUCCUCUCAACUGGCAGAAAUUGUGAACAGUGGUGACUGAGAAAAUCUGAGUUGUCCUUCUUCAGAUUGUAUUUUACACCUAGAUAAACUACAUCUGAGAAACACCACAAAUCUUUGGUAUGCUGGAUCUUAAUCUCGGGACAUUUAUGGUUAUUGCUCGAUCAAAGAAGGGACUACUUGGAUACAUCAUGCUUCUGUUAAGGACUGACAGAACUAUGUAGCUUCACAUGACUCUAGAUGGUAAUCCAUUUCUACACAGUGAAGCAAUAACAGUAUGGUCACAUGACACAAACUAUGGCGGUUUGUUUCACUACUUGCAUUUCUGUGACUGUUAGACUUGCAGCAUUCCUGUGGAGUAUAUAACUAUAUAUAUAUAUAUAAAUAUAUAUAUUACAACUAGUACCCGUCAUAAAAUAUGAUCUUGAUCAAUUUAUCAUGAGUUUAUUUCAACAAUAAUUCUGUGUAUUUUUAUUGCCAUUUGUCUUUCUGUACUUGCAGUCCAAGAUAAGUGAAAUAGAAUUUGUUAUUUUUUAUUAUUGGUGCUCAUGAGUUAAAGUGGAUAUGAAUGGAUUUUUAAUGUUCAAUGCUUAGAUCAUGAAAAUGUCCUUACAUCUUGAUGGGGACUGAAAUGCAGACCUCGAGAUGAGCUGCUGUUGGAAAGUGCCAGGCAGUUGUCCCAUGUAAGACUUUCCUCAGCUAGUUUGGACUGGUUACGGGAGGUGUGUGUGUGUGUGUGUGUGUGUGUCUGUUAGAGGGAGAGAGCAGUGUCAGAGUGAGAAAAAUGAGAAUGCUAAGCUGCCAUGGAAGAAUCAUACUGUGCACAAGCAUUAGAACGAUUCAUGUGAAUCAACAAAUCAUUAAAUGUGAUCUGAAACA